UUAUAAAAAGGAGAGAGAAAUAAUCUUAGAGAGAGAAAACCAAUACAUUAGAUAAACUUCUAGUGAAUCUUUUUCUCUUAGGUUAGUGAGAAAUUGAAAGUGAAUAGAGUGUAGAAUGGCAAAUCGAUGGUGGGCUGGAAAUUUAUCAAUGAAUCCAAAAGUAGAAGACAAAUCAAAUCAACUCCGCUCCGAUAAAGAGCAGGAGUUCAUGAAUACAACCGCCGCCGCCGCCGCCACCGCCACCACCAACAGUAGUGAAAAUCCAAAUGAAAUGAGUCAUGAAGGGGAAGAGAAUAUACAGAGUCCCGAAGGUCUGUUUUCCUCUGGACCGUCCAGCUCUACGCAUAGAGCUGGACGGCGACCCAGAGGAAGACCUAUGGGCUCAAAAAAUAAGCCCAAACCACCAAUAGUAGUAACCAAAGAAACCCCAAAUUCCCUCAAAAGUCACGUUUUCGAAAUUAAAUCCGAAAGCGAUAUAAUCGAAACCAUAGCCGCUUUUGCGAACCGCCGCGGAUGCGGCGUGUCCGUGUUGAGCGGCAGCGGUAUAGUAACGAAUGUUACGUUACGCCAGCCGGCCGCGGUAACCGCGGCCGGAGCCGGAGGCGUAAUUACGCUUCACGGUAGGUUCGAGAUUUUGUCAUUAUCCGGCGCGUUUUUACCCGCGCCGAAUGCUCCAGUUGGAGCAACUGGACUGACUGUGUACUUGGCCGGUAGCCAAGGACAAGUUGUUGGUGGAAAUGUUGUUGGUGAAUUGAUAGCAUCUGGUCCAGUUAUUGUAAUUGCUGCAUCUUUUACAAAUGCAACAUUCGAAAGGUUACCGAUUGUGGAGAAUGAUGAAGAAGAAGUGGAGAAUAAUGUAAAUGAAGGGAUGCAAAUGGAUAUACCUACAACUUCAGGGGCUGGUAAUGUAAAUUCUGAUAAUUUGCAAGUUGAUCAUCCAUCUCCUUCUACUUCUAUUCCUAUGUACAAUUUAGCCACUAAUGUUUUGCCUAAUGACCAAAUGCACCAUGAACUUUUUUGGACUCCUCCUCCUUCAAGGCCUUCUCCAUAUAGUUAGUUAUUUAAUUAUCUUUUUCUAGUUAGAAACUUUUAUAAUGUUGUUUACUUUUUGUGAAUUUUUUUCUUUUUAAUUAGUUUUUUUUAGGUUAUGUUUGUAACUUUGAAUCCUUAGAAGUUUUAUCAAUUUGGUUUGUUUUAUAAGCUACUAUCUUUUUUUUUUUGGGUAGAAAAUUGUUUGAGUUUUAUUUGAUGUAGGUUAUAUACGAAUUCAUAAAAAAAUUCUCAUGUAAUUCACCAUUUUCUUGUGGUGUACGUUUAUAUUGUGAUUCAGGUAUCAUUUACUG